GGUCAGGUGUAAGGAUCAAGGCUGCAUUUAUAUAAAGACAGAGGAAUAUGCACUGGAAAUCCUUGCUUAGAAAGGGAAAAGACCAGAGGGUUCGGAAAGACACACUAUGAGGAGCUUCAUCUUCGUCCUCACACUGGGCAUUUUCUCAUGUUCAGGAUUUCCAGUGUACGACUAUGAUCUCCCUGUCACAGAAGAGGCUCUCAACGCUUCCAUUGCAAGGAUCAAUUCUCAGUCAUGGGGGACAAACCUGUAUGGUGUUGUCAGGAGCCAUGUCACCAGAGUUGACAUGUGGAACAGUGAUGCCUAUAGACUAGAGCUGCAGUUCAGCAUCCGUGAGACUGUGUGCACGAAAGCCUCAGGGAGAGACCCCUUCACAUGUGACUUCAAAAUUGGGCCUUUUGUGCCAACCACUUUCUGCAGAAGUGUUGUGGAAGUCUCUGGUGAGCUCAUCUCCAGCAUUGUCGUGCAGUGCCAUCGAGGCACAUCCAGCUCUGAAUCACUGAGCAGUGAGGAGUUUAUGUACAUGCCCAUAACGAACCCCAACAGGCGAGGGAGCAGUCACAGAGAAGACAUAUUUGCUCCUGAAGCCUUCCCUUCAAGAGGAAGAGGCAGCAGCUAUGGCGACUGGCAUAAACCCAGCUACUUCAGCUCUGACAAGAUGGAAUAAUACCCUUUGGUAGAUUGGAGAAUGAGAAGAAUCGAGGUGCAAAGAUCGAGCAUGGGAAGAAAGAACCUGCUGCCAUUUCCUUUCCUUGUCCAUGACAAAACUAUUCCAUAAUGACACGGAAGGCCUUCCCUAAACUCACUGCUGUGAUGUCAAAUGGCCAGUGGACGAGCUCGUGAGAUGCUAAGUGCCCACACUUGGGAGUUGAUAGCUGCCUUCUGAUGCAUGAGAGCUCAGUGGGAGGGCUCUCUCAGACACCUAGGUAACUGUGUCCAGUAUGUGAUGCACCAUCCCAUAAUGAUGCUAUUAAAGGAUCAUUGUUCCAUCUGUUUGUUCUGUGUUGCUCUCUGGUUGCUUGUAAUCUUUAGUCAAACUGAUAAACACGCUGUUCCUUUUGCUCUGGGAUGCAACAGUGGACAAAGUGUCUUGCUACAAAUCCAAGUUUUAGCCCACCAGCAAUCUGGCUUUAAUGGAUACUUGGCUAAUGUGGGGAGCUGAGGGAACCUGUGACAGUGAUUGUACUACUUGUCGUGACAAGAGUGGUUAGAAUUGCUCAAAGAAUCAAGUGAUAUCAGCAAAAAGUGACGUUAGUAGAGAUUUAUUGAUUCAACAGAAUUCAAUGGCAAGGUUCACCCUGCAACGUGCAGAAGGAAAUGGUAUGAGAACUGGUAAUGAUUUAUACAGAAUUGAACUAAUGUGAUGUGUACAGAAACUGGGGAUAUAAAGGAAUAAGGGAGGUCCUCUGUUGAGUCA